AUAUAUUAAAACGCUACCCAAUCAGAUCAAAACUCUUCAACCCAAUUUCUUCCACAACAAAAUGCACAGAAUCUCAUACUCAUUCUUCCACCGUAAUCAAAACCACGAAUAAAAUCUCAAAUCGAUAGCCAAAAUAUAAAACAAUAACAUAGAGAGUAUUAGAAGGUGGAGGUGGUAGUGGCAGUGGCAGAACCGCCGACGGCCAGAAGAAGAGGUGACGGCGACAACCAGAAAAGAAGUGCUACUUGGUAGAGGACCUAAACCAAAACUUUCAGUUAUGCUGCGUUGAGGUCUGCAACAAAAGACUUUGAUCCUUAAAAUAAGCUUGGCGAGGGAGGAUUUGGACCUGUGGACAAGGAAAACUAGGUGUAUUUUAGCUUUUGGAUACUCAACAAGGAUGGAGCAGCUAUGAUUUAUGUUAAUAGCUGGGAAGCAACUUUCACUAGGAUCCCACCAAGGAAAAAAUCAGUUUGUUAAUAAGACCGCUACCAUAACUGCAGUGCACCAUCACAAUCUUGUGAGAUUAUAUGGAUGCUGCAUCGAGGGAAGUAGGCUCCUCCUUUUUUAUGAGUAUCUUGAAAACAAAAGCCUUGAUCAAGUAUUGUUUGGAAGAAGGGAGAGGCAUCUUGAUUGGCCUACCCUGUUGAAUAUAUGCUUGGGAAGUGCAAGAGGUCUAGCAUAUCUUCAUGAGGAUUCUAGGCCAAAGAUUAGACAUCCAGAUGUCAAAGCAAGUAAUAUUUUACUUGAUGCAGAACUCUGCCCAAAGAUAUCAGAUUUCGGAUUGGCAAAGCCUUAUCAUGACACUAAAACUCACAUCAGCACCAGAGUUGCAGGGACCAUUGGCUAUGUGGCACCGGAGUUCGCAAUGCGUGGACAUUUGACAAAAAAGGCUGAUGUAUUCAGUUUUGGUGUUAUUGCUUUGGAGAUUAUGAGUGGAAGAGCGAACUCUGAUACUAGCUUGGACAGAGAAAAGAUUUAUCUUCUUGAAUGGGCCUGGAGUCUUCAUGAAAGUAAUCAAAGUUUGGGGGUGAUAGAUCCCAAUUUAGCAGAGUUCAAUGAAAUCGAAGCUCUCGAAUAAUUGGAGUCGCUCUAUUGUGCAGUCAAGCAUCACCAAUGUUACGGCCACCAAUGUCACGCAUCGUUAACAUGCUUGCUGGAGAGAUCGAAGUGGAAACUGUUACUUCAAAGCCAAGUUGUUUGACUGAUUGGGAUUUUAAGGACACAACAAAUAGCCCUUUGAACAAAGAUAUUGUCACAUCCUCUUCUACAAUAAGUUACAGCAGAAAGAAGUGCCAAUGUGAAAAUGCAAUUGAUGAUAGCCCUGGAGUUGAUCCAUUGCUCUCUCCAGUAAAUGUUGCUCGGUUCAGUGACAUGAUAGCAGAGGGGAGGUAGAAAUUUCUUCGCUCGCUGAAGCUGAGUGUAUAAUACUGCUACUUCUGCCCCGUAUAAUCCAUGCAACUGGUUAACUUAUUGAUCGUUAUCCUCCAAACUAUCGUAGUACUUGUAAUGUUGUGAAGUGAUCCUCGUAUACCAAUAAACAUUAGAUGAUAAUUUUGACGACCAUCGUAUGGUACUGGAUGUAGGGAGAAAAAAGUUCACUAUAUUUCUUGUUCCUGUAAUAUCUCAUUUGCAACUAGCUUAUUUGGACUGUCUUUUGGAAAUUUUGGAUAUGGGAAGUAUGAGCAACACGAAUAAUUUUGAGAAUUUGCUACUAUACAUGGUA